AGGAACGAAAAUAUGGCUUCCAUGGAGAAGCGGUUACAAAAAGAGCUUCUAGCUCUAACAAAGGACCCCCCAGCAGGUGUUAAGGUGGACUCAAAAAGCAUAUGUACAAAUCUUUCUGAAUGGACUGUUGACUUAGAAGGUGCCCCAGAAUCUAUUUAUGAGGGAGAAAAAUUCCAGUUAAUGUUCAAAUUUGGUGCAAGAUAUCCAUUUGAAUCACCUCAGGUGAUGUUUAUCGGGGAACAUAUCCCAGUCCACCCUCACGUGUACAGUAAUGGUCACAUCUGCUUAUCCAUCCUCACGGACGAUUGGUCUCCAGCCCUCUCAGUCCAGUCUGUAUGUCUCAGUGUUGUUAGUAUGUUAUCCAGCUGUAAAGAAAAGAAACGACCUCCAGAUAAUGCAUUUUAUGUGAAAACCUGCAGUAAAAACCCUAAGAAAACUAGGUGGUGGUACCAUGACGACGAUGUAUGACGAGGAAGAAAGGGGCACAUUUAGGCUUGGGGAGGAACACAUUUACAGAGGCACAGUGUUGACGGGAACAAAGAUACGCUAUAUUAUCUGGUUACCACGACCUGGAGCUUACUGGAACCUGAAUGUGUCCAUUAUGAUAAUAGUCACUUUUUAUUUCCACUUAAUUAAGACUGGGCAGUUACGGCUGUGAUGUAUGUUGUCAACCUGUUACCUUUUAAAUGUUUUUACAAAAUAUACCUUGCCACUACUACAAAGUUUUACUGGUAGUUAAAUCAGUAUUAACAGAUAUCUUAGCUAGACACACAUUAAGUGAUUGACAUAUAUUAGGACCGCCAAAAUGGUUCCCUUCUGAUAUUAAAAUAUAUAGGGACAGAUAAUGAAAGAUUUAUACACACAAUUAAUGUAUAUCAUGCAUGAAGUAAAUAAAUGCAGAUUUGUAUAUGUUAUAUACAAUAAUGUGGUAAUGCAGAUCUGUAUACUUUAUAUACAGUAAUACAGAUCUGUAUACAUCAUAUACAGUAAUACAGAUCU